AUGGUAAGAGAUGCUUUUCAAAAAAAUCCUCACGUUGAUAUGAAGUUAAGAAUUAUCGGGAAAAGGAAUUGUGAUGGAAGAACAUAUAACCUACCAACUGCUUCUGAGGUUGCAGCUUUAAAUGUAGGUGACAUUUCAGAUUCGAUUGAAAAUAGAGAUAUCUUUGUUCAAACAAAAUCGGGUUUUCUACAACGUAUCAAUGAAUUGCAUCCUUCUUACCUUCCUCUCCAAUAUCCACUACUAUUUCCAUAUGGGGAUGAUGGUUACAGUGUUGACAUUCUUCAUAGAGGUAUUACAGACACAACCAACAACAAGCGGGCGACAUGUACAAUGAGAGAAUUUUUCGCUUUUAGAAUUCAAGACAGGGAUCAUUCGUUCUCAUUGAUUCUUACUUCAAAAAGAUUGUUUCAACAAUUUAUGGUAGAUGCGUAUACUAUGACUGAAAGUGAGAGAUUGCAUUACAUACGCAGACAACAACAUGUUCUUAGAUGCGAGGCUUAUGAGAAUUUACGUAAGCAAAAAGCUCAAGGAGCUACAAGUAUCUCCAACGUCGGACAACGUGUGAUAUUACCUUCAUCAUUUACUGGUGGUGCACGCUAUAUGCUUCAAAACUAUUUGGAUGCCAUGUCGUUAUGUAAAUGGUUUGGAUAUCCUGAUUUCUUCAUAACCUUUACGUGUAAUCCCAAAUGGCCAGAGGUGAAAAGGUUUCUUAAGGAUACUUCACUUCAACCAGAAGACAGACCUGAUAUACUAUGUAGGUUGUUCAAGAUCAAGUUUGAUGCAUUUAUUAAAGACUUAAGGAAGAAUCAUAUCUUCGGCAUAGUUCAAGCAGUUGUUUAUACAAUUGAAUUUCAAAAAAGAGGUUUGCCACAUAGUCAUAUAUGUCUAUUCAUGCAUUCUGACUACAAGCUACCCACUGUUGAAUUAAUCGAUCCCAUAAUAUCCGCCGAAAUACCAAACAAAGAUGAAGAUCCUGAAUUGUAUUCACUUGUGAGUGAGUUCAUGAUUCAUGGUCCAUGUGGAGCUGCAAAUAUCAAUUGCCCAUGCAUGGUGGACAAAAAGUGCUCUAAAAACUUUUCAAAGCAAUUCUGCAAUCAUACAUCUGUUGAUCAGGAUGGUUUUCCCUUAUAUAGGAGAAGAAACAAUGGUCAUUUUGUUGAAAAAUCAGGUGUCAAGUUGGAUAAUAGAAAUGUUAUCCCCUACAACAAAUAUCUAUUGAAAAGAUAUCAGGCACAUAUUAAUGUUGAAUGGUGCAAUCAGGGAUCAUCUAUAAAGUAUUUAUUCAAAUACAUAAACAAAGGACCUGAUAGAGCUACAAUUGUCGUUGUACGAAGCAACAAUGAUUGUGAUAAUCAUGAUGCGGUCGAUGAAAUAAAUGAAUAUUACGAUUGUAGAUAUUUAUCUGCAUGUGAAGCAUCAUGGCGAAUUUUUACAUAUGAUGUUCAUUACAGAUAUCCUUCUGUAGUUAGACUACCUUUUCAUCUUCCUGGCCAACAGCAGAUUGUAUAUGGGGAAGACGAUGAUAUUGAUGAUGUUUUGGACAAACCUUCUGUUGCUGCUUCAAUGUUCACAGCUUGGAUGGAGUGUAAUGUAAUUUCUCGUGAUGCACAAAAACUUACGUAUGUUGAGUUUCCUACAAAGUUUGUUUGGAAUCGUAAGGAUAGGUUUUGGAAGCCUAAGAAAGUAGGAAAGUGCAUUGGUAGAAUUCAUUCGGUUUCACCUAAUCUAGAGGAAGCUUAUUUCUUAAGGAUUCUUUUAAAUAAGGUGAAAGGUCCGAGAUCAUUUGAAGAGAUCCGCACAGUAAAUGGUGAAGAAUAUUUGUCUUUUAGAGAUGCUUGUUAUGCUCUUGGGCUUUUGGAUGAUGACAAAGAAUACAUCGAUGCAAUUAAAGAAGCAAGUCAUUCUGGAUCUGGUUUUUAUCUACGAUUCUUAUUUGCCACAUUGUUGAUGUGUAACAAUAUGUCUAAACCAGAAGUUGUUUGGGAAAAUACAUGGGAGUAUUUGGUGGAUGGAAUUCUUUAUAAUCAACGACAGAGAUUAAAGUUAUCAGGCUUAACUCUUAGUGAAGAUCGGCUUAUAAACUUAACUCUGUACGAGAUAGAACAGAUUUUACUUCGUAACAACAACACUCUCAAAAAUUAUAAAAACAUGCCUUACCCGGACGUUGAUUUUGUUUCUUCUUCAAACAAUCGACUUAUCACCGAGGAGCUAGAUUAUGACAUUUCCUUAUAA